UAUGAAAUAAUAAUGAAAAGGUUUUUGCAGAGUGCUUCAUGGUUUUGCUUAUUUGAGUCUCUGUAAUGAUUACUGUUUCAUAGAAGCCAAAAAUUCAGAUUUAGUAAAAAGAACAAAGGGAGAGAAAGGGUUUUUGUGGGGCUUUUGAGCUUUGAUUUUUCUUUGUCAAAAAGAAGCAGUUUUUUAUGACACAAGCUUGAGAUGGAAAUUGCUGAGCAAUUGCACGGCCAUUGAAGAAAGUUUCAUAGGAAAAGAAGAAGAAAAGUAGAGAGUACAGGUAAAUGAUUCAGGUCUCUUCGAACACAUCCCAGAAAUGAUUUUGGAAGGAACCCAGCUAGCUCUUAUUAUCAUCACUUCAAUUUUCCUGGUUACAUCAGCCAGAGCUCAUAGUCAUAACUCAUCGUCAAUUUGCCAGAAAUCUUGUGGAACCGUUGAGUCAGCCAAGUGGGUUCCUUACCCAUUUGGCUUCUCGGAUGGGUGCGGUAUUCGACUGAACUGCACCCAACAGGGAGAUAUCAUGAUCGGAGGUUUCAAAGUCCAAAACAUAACCCCAGAUGGUAUCUUUAUAUAUCUUCCAGCAAAAUGCAACCGCUCUCUUGAAUUGAUUAAACCUCUGUUUGGCCAGUACUACUCGCCAGCCUGGAGAAACGGCAUUCUCCUGCAAAAUUGCAACAGGUCUUUAAACAAUUGCCUUAUACCCACGAGUUCCUUCUUGAACCAGUUGAAGAUACCGAACUGCGAUGCUAAAAGUGACAAUCUAAGCUGCUAUUCUGUGGAGAAAUUGAGCAUGGGUAUUUUGCCUUACGAGAAUUUGAGCUCGACUGAUUGCAAGUUCGUAUUCUCUUCGUUUGCAGUUGGGUCGAAUAACCCAGUGCUUUCGCUCGAGUUCGAGCGAGUAGAGUUGAACUGGUGGCUUAAAGGGAAUUGUACAGCUGAUCCUUGCUCCAAAAAUGGGACUUGCACACAAGUUAUACUUAGUAAUGGGACGAUCGGCCACCGAUGCCGUUGUAAUGAAGGGUUCACCGGAGAUGGGUUCAAAACGGGUGAAGGUGCGGAAGGUUGCCGGAGCGCAUCGUCAGUUUCUGGCUGCAACCCGUCAAAGUACAUUAAUGGGGAAUGUGGUGGAACUACUAGAGUCGGUGUUCUUGUUGGAGGGAUUAUUGCUGGCGCAUUGUUAAUGGCUGGUCUGGCCCUUAUCUGUUACUUUGUUCGACGGCGAUCCACUUCUUUGAGAAACAGGUUGAGUGCAAAGCGACUUCUAUGUGAAGCUGCAGGCAAUUCUAGUGUUCCCUUUUACGCAUAUAGAGAAAUUGAAAAAGCCACCAAUGGCUUCUCAGAGAAACAAAGGCUGGGAACUGGAGCCUAUGGUACAGUUUAUGCAGGAAAACUCCACAAUGAUGAUUGGGUUGCUAUAAAAAAGAUCCGACAUAGAGAUACUGAUAGCAUUGAUCAAGUCAUGAAUGAAAUUAAGCUCCUUUCCUCUGUUAGCCAUCCAAAUUUGGUCCGCCUCUUAGGUUGCUGCAUAGAGGAAGGUGAACCGAUCCUUGUAUAUGAAUUUAUGCCUAAUGGAACCCUGUGUCAGCAUUUACAAAGAGAGAGGGGCAAAGGGCUUCCGUGGACUAUACGGCUUACCGUUGCUGCUGAAACUGCUAAUGCUAUUGCUUAUCUUCAUUCUGCCAUGAACCCACCAAUUUAUCACAGAGACAUCAAAUCUAGCAAUAUACUUUUGGAUUACAACUAUAAGUCUAAGGUAGCUGAUUUCGGCCUUUCUAGACUUGGCAUGACUGAGUCAUCUCACAUCUCAACAGCCCCACAAGGGACUCCAGGCUAUCUUGAUCCUCAGUACCAUCAAUAUUUUCACCUCUCUGAUAAAAGUGAUGUUUACAGUUUUGGAGUAGUUCUUGUAGAGAUCAUAACCUCACUGAAAGUAGUUGAUUUUUCUCGACCUCACUCUGAGGUAAACUUGGCUGCGCUGGCUAUUGAUAGGAUUGGAAGGGGUUGUGUUGAUGAGAUAAUAGAUCCAUACCUUGAUCCACAUAGGGAUGCUUGGACAUUAUCAUCCAUACAUAAUGUGGCGGAGCUUGCUUUUAGAUGCCUUGCUUUUCAUAGGGAUAUGAGACCUACAAUGAUGGAAGUGGCGGAAGAGCUAGAGCACAUAAGGCUUAGUUCAUGGGUUCCAAGCAUGUACUCCGCCUCAACAGCAGCUUCCUCUUGUUCCUCACCCGACAAUGGAAGUGAGAAGUCACUAGGUGUUUCCUCAGUUAAGAAGGCCGGUGUAGCAAGCCAGAGAUUACUUGUUCCACAGAAGGCAGCAGAUUGUUUGACUUCAUUGGAGGAAGUGAAAGAUAGCUCACCCGUUUCUGUGCAUGAUCCUUGGUUAAGUGAACAGAGUUCACCUUCAACAAACAGCUUGCUGGGUAAUGCAGUCCAGUGACAAAAAGCUGGUUCGUUUGAUCAGUGCUUGGCUUCAAAUACUUUGUGUGAAUAGGAUUGAGGUAUCUUAUAGAUUUCAAUUACUUACUGCUUAUAGGUCUCUUACGGAGAUAUAUCUUGUUCGUAUGACCUAUUGUCUCUUUACAACAUAUUUUUGCAAUGUUGAAAUGAAAAGGAUGCAGAAGUCAUUACUAAAUAGAUUCUGCAAAUGUUUAGCAAGAA